UCUUUGAUUACGUUACCAUUUCCGGUUAGCUGCCGAAGAACCAUCUUGCCGCGCACCUCGUCUUUGACGUCGACCGGCAUUUUCCCACAACACCCCGCUCCCCGACACUCACAGAUGACGAAAAUGGCGGACAACUCGUCUUCGGUGGAGAUCGUCGAGGGCUGCCGCCUCCCCGUACUCCGUAAAAACCAAGAACACGAAGACGAAUGGCCAUUGGCUGAGAUUCUAAGUGUGAAGGAAGUUUCCGGGAGAAAGCUGUACUAUGUUCACUACAUCGACUUCAACAAGCGCCUGGAUGAGUGGGUCACAACGGAGCGGCUGGACAUGAAGAAGCUCCAGUUUCCUAAGAAAGAAGCUAAAACUCCUACGAAGAAUGGUCUGUCGGGCUCCCGUCCCAGUUCACCAGAGAGAGAGGUGGUGAGUGAGAGAAGAGACACAGAGACUGACCCAGCUUUACAGAAGAAACAGAGGAAGAGUCUAGAUCUCAACCUACCAUCGGCCACACCUCCAUCCAGAGGCAAAACCCUCCCCACACCGGUACAGAAGAGGAAAGUCGAGAGCGUUCCCUUGGUGACACAGGUGCCCCCAGCCGCGCCCGUGCCCUCUCUACCGAGUUCAGCUGAAGCUUCUCAGGCUGCCGUUUUCCCCGCUGUCAGAGAGACCACCACCUUCAAGUCCAGAGAGGACCAUGAACAGCUCUCCUCUCUCACAACGAAUGGCACUGCCAGGCGUCUCAUCCCCGCCCAGCCUGGAAGAAAGAGAAAAACAAACUGUGGGGGCACAGAUGAGAUGAUAAAGGUUUUGCAGUAUAACAAGCCUCAAAGUGCCAGUGUCUUUCUACCACCACCAGAGGAUUCUCAGGAUAGUUCAGAUGGCAUCCCGAGUGCUCCGCGGAUGACGGGCAGUCUGGUGUCGGAUCGGAGCCACGACGACAUCGUCACCCGCAUGAAAAACAUCGAGUGUAUAGAGCUCGGCCGACACAGACUGAAGCCCUGGUACUUCUCCCCGUAUCCACAAGAGCUCACCACGUUGCCCAUCCUCUACCUCUGUGAAUUCUGUCUGAAAUACCUCAAAAGCCUCAAGUGUCUUCAGAGGCAUUUGACUAAAUGUAAUUUAAGACAUCCUCCAGGCAAUGAGAUCUACCGCAAAGGCACCAUCUCAUUCUUUGAGAUUGACGGCAGAAAAAACAAAAAUUACUCCCAAAACCUGUGUUUACUGGCAAAGUGUUUCCUGGACCAUAAAACGUUGUAUUACGACACCGACCCGUUCCUCUUUUAUGUAAUGACGGAGUAUGAUUCCAAGGGCUUCCAUAUAGUCGGUUACUUCUCUAAGGAGAAAGAGUCGACCGAAGAUUAUAAUGUCGCCUGCAUCCUGACGUUGCCGCCCUACCAGCGCAGAGGUUACGGGAAACUGCUCAUCGAGUUCAGUUACGAGUUGUCAAAGGUAGAGGGGAAGACGGGAACCCCGGAGAAGCCGCUGUCUGAUCUUGGCCUCUUGUCUUAUCGUUCCUACUGGUCCCAAACGAUCCUAGAAAUACUUAUGGACCUUAAACCUGAAAACGGAGAGAGACCGCAGAUAACCAUAAAUGAGAUCAGUGAAAUCACAAGUAUAAAGAAGGAAGACGUCAUUUCAACGCUCCAGUACCUGAACCUAAUCAACUAUUACAAGGGUCAGUACAUCCUAACUCUCUCUGAGGACAUCGUGGACGGACAUGAAAAAGCCAUGCAGAAGAGGCACCUGCGUAUAGAUCCUAAAUGCUUACACUUUACCCCAAAAGACUGGAGCAAAAGGGGGAAGUGGUAAAAAUGUUGCUCCCGUUUUACUGAACCCUCAGCCCUGGAGGACAUGUUGGAUCAGACAGAGUUUUUUUUUUUUUUUUUUUUUUUACUCUUGGACUUCUCUUUAGAUAAACGGUGAACAUGGACUUACUUGAGAUGAAUAAGCUUCAGUUCCUGGGACUCAUUGUUUAAUAGAGCUGCACAUUUUUUUUUGGAAAUGGUUAACAGCAUUGUAACGAUAUUCAGCACACUCUCCACUGUCGAAACCUUGCUGUUAAUGACUAAAAGGGUGCAUUUAAAGUGACUGAAGUUGUUUAAUAGUGUCAAAUUAAGACCCAUCGUUGCAAACAUUCAGGCUGUCCAAUGGUGGCAUUUAUAGUUUUAGAUCAAAAAUAAAAUAUUUAUUCUGUUGGCAUAAUUCCACAUUUUGUAAAAACUUGAAAUUGACAUUAUUAUUCAUUUUUUUAUAUAUAUUUUUUUGGUCUAUAUCUUUUUCAUCUUUCAGUGGGAAUGUUGUCAACCAAUUUAUUUAUCCUGAAAAGACUUCAAAAACAAUUGAACUCUGGCCAGAACUCUGUUUUUUCAAAUGUAAUCUUAAUUUAUACACUGUUGUUCUUUUUUUUUUUUUUUUAACAAUGUUCAACCCCCUUAAACAAUGACAUGGCUGUGCUACACGCAAAAAAAGAAUAUAUAUUAUUUUACUGUUUUAAGUGACAUUAUUGCCUUUUGCAGAGCAGCCAGGCAGCCGGAUGUGUUUCUAAUCCAUCUUGGUGGGUAAAUGGGUGGAAACAUUAGUGGGGGAGACACAGAUCAGAUUUGAAGAUGAUUGUUGUUGUCAUCUUACACUGAAAUGUAUAUUAUUGGCAUUUAUACAGAACAAUUGGAUUUACAGAAUAACAUUUUUGCCCAUUCUCAGUCAAAUUAAUUGCCGUAUCUUGCACCAGCUUAUCUUGGAACAACGGCAAUUUGAAAAAACAUUUAUUCUUCACAUCCUCUUUGUACAUAAGUGUAUAAACCAACGUGAUUGUUCAGGUUUAUCACAGGCCGAGUUCUGUUUUUUUUUUCUGUUACACUAUGUUUAAAUAGGCAGAAGUACAGAUGUUGCUGUUUGCUGAUCCUUAGGAUUUUUAUUUUCCUCUCAUCCUGAGUAUUUACCGUCAGUUCAACAUCUUCCCGGAGACUAAAUACUGAAGACACAAGCCAUGCAGAACUGUUAGAGGAAUGUAAAAUUUAUUGUACAGUUUUGUUUUAUUUUUAGCUCUUUAUCUAACAGGUUGCACAAUAUGAAAGAAUUAAGUGAAAAACUUGUUUUAAUGUUUACAUGUGUGGGGGGGCGAAAAGGUGAAUUUGUCCUGUUGAAAUUACUUAGCAUAUCUUUGUGUAAAACACUCUAGUGUCAUUUGAACAUUUGAUAUGGCAACCUUGUUGAAUUCAUAAAAAAAAAUGCCCCAAAACCCUA